AUGGCAAUAGAUAAGUCCAUAAAAGCCCAAAAUUAUUUCAAAAGUUUGGUGAACAAAUACCCUUCUUCACAAGCGAUCAAAGCUUGUGCAACUUAUUACAAUACGUCGAUUCGUUCGUUUCAAAAUGCACUUGCUGAGUUGCCUGAUGAUAGAGAAACUGCAAGCUAUGAUGCAAGAGUUGCUGGUGAUGGACCUGACCAUUGUCAAAGUUACUUGGUUGUUGAAAAGAAAGUUAACAUUUCUCUUAUUACUACAUUGAAUAAUGACAUGCAGUUUCUUAGUUUUGUUGCAUUUCUAUCUGUAGAACGUCUUCCUAGUAAAUGA